CGCGGCAGCGCCAGAACCAGCAGCAGGCGACGGACAGCGCACAAGGCAUUGGAGACAUUUGUUUCUGAGUCAAAGCUAUCUACAAAACCAUGGCUAAUACAAGAGCAGUACUUGAUGCUGAAGAGAACCCCAACACUGAGGUACAGAAAAACCGAAUGCUGACUCUGGAAGAAUGGCAAGAGAAGUGGGUGAAUCACAAAAUUGCAUUUCACCAAGAACGAGGACAUCAGCUAUUAAAGAAGCAUUUGGAUACUUUCCUUAAAGGCGCGAAAGAACUGAGGGUAUUUUUUCCUCUUUGUGGAAAAGCAGUUGAGAUGAAAUGGUUUGCAGACCGAGGAUACAGUGUAGUUGGUGUGGAAAUCAGUGAACUUGGGAUACGGGAAUUUUUUAUGGAGCAGAAUCUUUCUUACUCAGAAGAACAAAUUAUGGAAAUUCCUGGAGCCAAAGUAUUCAAGAGUUCUUCAGGGAACAUCUCAUUGUACUGUUGCAGUCUUUUUGAUCUUCCCAGAGCAAAUAUUGGCAAAUUUGACAGAAUUUGGGAUAGAGGAGCGUUAGUCGCUAUUAAUCCAGGUGAUCGCAAACGCUAUGCAGAUACAAUGUUGUCCCUAACAAGAACUGGGUUUCAGUACCUCUUGUCUGUUUUUUCUUACGAUCCAACUAAACAUGCAGGUCCACCAUUUUACGUUCCAGAUGCUGAAAUUAAAACAUUGUUUGGUUCAGUGUGCAAUAUUCAUUGUCUGGAGAAGGUUGAUGCUUUUGAAGAAGGACAUAAAAGUUGGGGAAUUGACUACAUUAUUGAAAAGUUAUAUCUAUUUAUAGAAAAGUAAAUGAGAUGUAAAUAGAAGCAAGUAAUAUCAACAUGUUUUUGAGCAAUUGAAAAUUGUGCUAAGGCAUGAAAAUAUAAUAGGUGACUUUUGGAAAAAAAUUCUUCACAAAUCACAUCACAGAUCUUUGCUCAAAAAUGCUUAUAACUUCUUAGGAAAAAAAACAUGUACUUUGGAAAAGAGACUGUGAUUGGGGGGCAAACGAUUAUACCUGUGUGUCUUACUUACAGAUUGCAAGAAUUUUUUACAAUCAGCAUGUAUUACUUGUAUAAUUAAAGAAUAAAAGAAAAAUAUAAUGCAUAUAACUUAAAUAUAAUAGACAGAAACAUUGACAUUCUUUAUGAAAUUUAGAACCAUUGAGUAAAUGUAACACUUUAAUGGGGUCCAAGGUAAAAGAUAAUGGUCUAAGACAUUAUAUAAACAUUAAUUUUUACUGUAAACCCUCAUAUUGUACUCAAUCCUAGCACUCCUUUUCACAUUUUUUUCUCCUUAUAUAAUUUUAUAUAUGACAGAAUGAAGAAAUAAACUUUUAAAUUAAUGAAAUUAACCAAUCUAUAUGGAAAAAAUAUUUUUCCCAAACUGUAAAAAGAAAUUAUUUUUAAAAGUU